AUGAGUUCUUCUUCUUCUUCAAUCUGUUCCACGCACCUGAUAGAUGGACAAGGAAUGUUCAAUAGCUCUGGACUAGAGAGCUUUACCCAGAAUGCUAAAUUAUCUCAAUACGGCAAAUCCUACUCUGUUAUCUCUAUCAUGGGCCCUCAAAGCAGCGGGAAGAGCACGCUGUUGAAUCACUUGUUCCAAACAAAUUUCGUUGAGAUGGAUGCAGCCAAAGACAGGACUCAAACAACGUUGGGUAUUUGGUUAGCAAAAUAUGUCGACGAGGAUAAUGAGGAUGAUGAGCAAUGUACUCUUGUCAUGGACUUAGAGGGGUGCGAUGGAAGAGAGAGGGGUCAUAAUGAUACAUCAUUUGAGAAGCAGAUUGCACUAUUCGCACUUGCAGUUUCAGACGUAGUCCUCAUAAACAUGUGGUGUCACGAUGUUGGACGAGAAAAAGCUGCAAAUAAACCCUUAUUAAGAACUGCUUUUCAGGUGAUGAUGCGCUUGUUCAAGCCUCGUCAAACCACUCUUUUAUUUGUACUGCGAGACAAAACUCAGACGCCUUUAAAAAAAUUGGAAGAACUCCUACAGAAAGACACUCUCGAGAUAUGGAAUUCUAUUCCUAAACCACAAUCUCGCAAUGAAACAUCCUUUAGCGAAUUCUUCAAUAUUAAGGUUGUGGCACUGUCUAAUUCCGAGGCAGAUAUGGAAUCAUAUCUUGAAGAGGUAUGUGAGUUAAGGAAUCAACUAACGUGUGGAGAAAUGUCAAGUGGUGAGAGCCUUGUGCCUGCUCUUGGGUUUUCCAUAAGCGCUGAAGAAAUUUGGAAAACUAUCAGGGCCAAUAAGGACCUUAACAUUCCACCUCCAGCAGUGAUGAUUGCCAAAGUGCGUUGUGAAGAAAUUGCAAGGGAAAAACUUGAAGCCUUCCUUGCUAACAAUGAAUGGCGUGAAUUAAGUGUGGCGACCAGCACUAAUAAUCCAGUGCCAGAAUUCGGCAACAAGAUUAGUUCACUCAUUGAUGUUUGUCUAUCAAAAUACGACGAAGAUGCUCAACUUUACGACGAUGAUAUAAAACAGGAGCGACGACAGAUGCUCAUCGACAACUUAAUGCUACAUAUAAAACCAGCGUAUGAUUCCGGGUUGCAAGUUAUUAUUACCGGAAAUGUGAAGGAAUUCAAAGAUGCUUUUGAAAAUGAUUUGAAAGAAGGGAAAGGUUUUCGCGAUGCGGUUGAUAACUGUAUUAAUCGUUAUUCGGGCCAAUUCGACAAAGCAUUUGAAGAAAUUAAUAUUCCAGAAGGUAAUUGGGAUUCUUCAGUAGAGAAGGAGAAGUUUAUGAAUGAAAUAAAUUCAAUUGUUGGUCAGGCCCGAGGAGGAAAAUUGAAUGAUCUGAUUCACGAAUACAAGGAGAAGCUAAGUGAUACAACAAGGGAACCAUUGGAGGCCAUUCUAGGAAACCCGGGGUCUCAAACGUGGCCACAUAUAAGGGAACUCCUCGCAACGCAGUCUAAGGAAAUUGCCAACGAGUACUUCCAGGCCAUGUCUCAAUUAGGUAAUGCAGACCACCAGGACAUGACUUCCCUCGACGACAUACAAACGCAGUUUCAGGGCUACUUAAGAGAAAUUAUCGUAACAAAAGCAAAGAUAGAGGCGCCUAAAGUGGCUAAUCUUAUGCAAGACAGGUCAACACAUAAUUAA